CGAUCUCCGCACUCACCACUGUGGGAGUAAAAGUAGUUCGAAGCGCUGAGCUCGAUCCGGCGUCCUUUCGUCGACCGACCGGCGGCUAGAGCGAGCGAGCUAGCUAGCUGCGGCGGCGAUGGCGCGCUCCGCCGUGUUGCGCGUCCUCCUCCUCGUCGCCCUCGCCGUGUCGUCGUGCGCCGACCCGGUGGUGCUCGGCCGGAAGGGCGGGCUGGUUAGUGGCGGUGCUGCUGACGAUGCCAGCUCGGAGGACGAGGACCUGCAGCAGCUGGCGCCGGAGACAGCGGCGGCGAAGGACAAAUACGCCGUCAUCUUCGACGCCGGCAGCACCGGGAGCCGGGUGCACGUCUUCAGGUUCGACGAGCAGAUGGACCUCGUCAAGAUCGGCGACGAAAUCGAGUUGUUCGCCAAGGUGAAGCCUGGCUUGAGCUCAUAUGCUGGUAAACCAGAGGAGGCAGCAAACUCCAUUGCUCCUCUGCUAGAGAAGGCUGAAAGUGUCGUCCCCAAGCGGCUUCAGAAAAGAACUCCCCUUAAGCUUGGGGCCACAGCUGGUCUAAGACUGAUUGGAGAUGAAAAGGCAGAGGAGAUUCUUCAAGCGGUUCGGGAUCUUGUCCACAGCAAGAGCAAAUUCCACUACAAGCCAGAAUGGAUCAGUGUCCUUGGUGGCUCUCAAGAAGGAUCCAACCUCUGGGUUGCUUUGAACUAUCUUUUGGGGAGGUUAGGCGGGGAUUACUCGAAAACAGUAGGAGUGAUCGACCUAGGAGGUGGUUCGGUUCAAAUGGCCUACGCCAUUUCUGCUGAUGCUGCUGCAAACGCUCCUCCUGUUCCUGUGGGCAAGGAUCCUUAUGUUACAAAGGAGUACCUCAGGGGAAAGGAUUACAAUCUUUAUGUUCACAGUUACUUGCUUUAUGGGCUCCAAGCUUCUCGCGUGGAGAUUCUCAAGAUCAAGAAUGGACCAUUCAGCUAUUGCAUGCUUCGUGGAUUCAAUGGCACAUACAAAUACAACGGCGAGGAGUACGCGGCGGCGGCGUCGCCGGAGGGGGCGGACUACGGCAAGUGCGGCGAGGAGGCGGCCGCCGCGCUGGGGCUGGACGCGCCGUGCGGGGCCGGCAGGGACUGCAGCUUCAACGGCGUGUGGAACGGCGGCGGCGGCGCCGGCCUGGCCGAGCUCUACGUGGCGUCCUACUUCUACGACCGGGCGGAGCACGUCGGGAUCGUCGCCGAGGGCGCGCCGAGCGCCGUGGUCACCCCGGCGGCGUACGCCGAGGCGGCGGAGAAGGCCUGCUCGCUGAGCUCCGGCGAGGCCGCGGCCGCGUACCCGACGGCGUUCGACGUGCAGUUCCUCUGCAUGGACCUGACGUACCAGUACACUUUGCUCGUCAAGGGCUUCGGUCUGCAGCCAACCAGGGAGAUGACGCUUGUGAAGCAGGUGAAGUAUGGGGAUUACUAUGUGGAGUCAGCGUGGCCGCUGGGAACUGCUAUCGAAGCCUUGUCGUCGCAGACGAGUCAUCAGUCCGCUUGAGUCCCCACGCCACCAGUGCGUGGACCGCUUGUGUGAGAUAUAUUUUCCCUGAUUUGUGUACCAGGCGCACACAGCUAUGCAAUAAAUCAAUAAAAUGUUAUUUCAUGGCAAAAAUAUAUACCGCAUCAGUUUCA